AUGAUGAUUCCACUUGGGGACUGCUUAUAUGCGGGAAGGAAGAGAAGGAAGCCCAUCCAAAAACAGUUGAGUACCAGAUAUUGUUACAUAAUGAGUUAAUCUCAGAUGAAACACGUGUUGGUUGCAUGUGCAAAUAUAAAAUAUACUAUUCUAUAAUUGUUUCCAGUCUGGCAUUCAUGGAUAUUCUACACUUGUAAAUUAAUGACAAACAAAAGCAUUGGGAUGUUUUGAAGUAGGCUACAAUUAAAAACAGCAUUCUGUACUAUGUGUGUGUCAAAUCUCAAGGCAUUCAGUGUUACAUUGUGUAUAUUUCCAAGGGUAUUUGGUUACACUUUGCAAGUAAUUUGCUAAAAAAAAUCCCUCACCAUCUAACUCUAGUGCAGAAUGUAAAAUAAUGAAUGUAUGUUUAUUUGCAAAUUGAAUGUCGUUAUAGAUGUGCAAUUACACAAACCACAAACAUGUAUUACAGUUGUAAGUACUUUGUAACAAUCUGUACCCACACUAAUUACAUUGUACCCGCCUAUGUAAGUAGUAGUAUCAUGUAUUGUAAAUACAUCGUUUUAGUAUUAUUUAAUAUAAUAUGGAGGUAAGUAUCCUUAAAACUAGGGAAAGGGGAUACCUAGUCAGUUGCACAACUGAAUGCAUUCAACCAAAUGUGUCUUCCGCAUUUAACCCAACACCUCUGAAUCCUUAAUUGACGUCCAUGUCAUCUAUCAAGCCAUUGCAAGUUUCUUACAAUUUCAUGUCCAACUUGUGACAUUUUCUAUCUUCAGCAUUAUUCAGUUGAGGGACCUGCUACUACUACAGAGGCUUUCCCUCUUCAUUAUUUAGUAAUUAUUGGGCUAUUUACUAAGUCAUUGUUUUCUGACCCCACAGACAACCCCUGACUUUCUCAAAAUACCCUGUUAGACAUGGUAAAGGUUCCAAUGACUAAUGAGACAAAAUGGGAUUGAAAUUUCAGUAACGCAUGCUUGCUUAUUGAAUAAACCAGUCGUCAUUGGGACAAUAAAUAGGACUGUAUUUUGGUCUCAGUAGAUUGAUGUAAAACAGCCUAGGUUUUAACUUUUAUCAUAACAUCAAUUAACAUCAAUCAAUUAUUUGACUCUCUAUAUCUGACAGAAAACAGACAGUGGCCACCCAGAAGACCAACCCGUCUAAGAGGCACCGUGACCGUCUGAAUACAGAGCUGGACCGGCUGGCCAGUCUCCUACCCUUCACCCCAGACAUCAUCUCCAAACUGGACAAGCUCUCCGUGCUGCGCCUCAGCGUCAGCUACCUCCGGGUCAAGAGCUUCUUCCAAGGUACAGACAACACAGCGUCCCCAUGUGUUGCAGUUACACCCUAUAUAGUCUCUCGUGACAGCAGUUACACCCUAUCGUGACAGCACACACGUGAGAUUUGGCCAUGGAUUUAGGUAUUUAGGUAUUUUAUUAGGAUCCCCAUUAACUAUUGCAAAAUCAGCUACUCUUCCUGGGGUCCACACAAAACAUGAAACAUGACAUAAUACAGAACAUUAAUAGACAAGAACAGCUCAAGGACAUAACUACAUAAAAACAAUGUUUAAAGGCACACGUAGCCUACAUAUCAAUACAUACACACAAACUAUCUAGGUCAAAUAGAGGAGAGGCGUUGUGCCGUGAGGUGUUACUUUAUCUGUUUUUUGAAGCCAGGUUUACUGUUCAUUUGAGCAAUAUGAGAUGGAACGGAGUUCCAUGCAAUAAUGGCUCUAUAUAAUACUGUACGCUUUCUUGAAUUUGUUCUGAAUUUGGGGACUGUGAAAAGACCCCUGGUGGCAUGUCUGGAUGCCAAGAUUACACCCUAUUGCAGUAUGAAAACGAUUCCAAGUUAUUUGUUUGUAUAAUGCAAGGAUUGGUUUGUACACUUGAAUUGCAUCACUUGUACUGUGCUGCCACACAUACUCUAAUUUCGUUAACCCUAGUGCUGCUUCCAUGUUAUGAAGCUAUAAUUCUGUUUACAUUAUAAAUGAGAGCGUUUAGACAAAAAAAAGGAAAAUACCUCAGCUGAAAGAAUGUUAUUUAUCAUACAUGGACCAAAGCAGAAGUGUGAUAUGCACCGUCAAGCUGGGUGUAACACAUUCAGACCACUAUGGUCACAAGAUAAGUGCUUACGUUUCUAAAGUAGUACCAGAGUAGAUUCAACAUGUGUUCAGUUGUUUAUCUUGUGGCCUUCUGCAGCAGGCAUGUGAGGGAUUCCACGCCAGGAAGGCCCAAAAAUAUUUUUGGUGUUUUGAUAUCUCAGAUUGUUCUGGCAAUUCUCACAUAGAAACUUAAUUGGAAGGAUGUUUGACAUGCUUUUCACAUUUGUAUCGCAAAAUUUUUUAGACCCCUUUUAGACCUAUACAGUGAGGGAAAAAAGUAUUUGAUCCCCUGCUGAUUUUGUACGUUUGCCCACUGACAAUGAAAUGAUCAGUCUAUAAUUUUAAUGGUAGGUUUAUUUGAACAGUGAGAGACAGAAUAACAACAACAAAAUCCAGAAAAACAAGUUUCAAAAAUGUUAUAAAUUGAUUUGCAUUUUAAUUAGGGAAAUAAGUAUUUGACCCCCUCUCAAUCAGAAAGAUUUCUGGCUCCCAGGUGUCUUUUAUACAGGUAAUGAGCUGAGAUCAGGAGCACACUCUUAAAGGGAGUGCCCCUAAUCUCAGCUUGUUACCUGUAUAAAAUACACCUGUCCACAGAAGCAAUCAAUCAAUCAGAUUCCAAACUCUCCACCAUGGCCAAGACCAAAGAGCUCUCCAAGGAUGUCAGGGACAAGAUUGUAGACCUACAAGGCUGGAAUGGGCUACAAGGCCAUCGCCAAGCAGCUUGGUGAGAAGGUGACAACAGUUGGUGAGAUUAUUCGCAAAUGGAAGAAACACAAAAUAACUGUCAAUCUCCCUCGGCCUGGGACUCCAUGCAAGAUCUCACCUCGUGGAGUUGCAAUGAUCAUGAGAACGGUGAGGAAUCAGCCCAGAACUACACGGGAGGAUCUUGUCAAUGAUCUCAAGGCAGCUGGGACCAUAGUCACCAAGAAAACAAUUGGUAACACACUACGCCGUGAAGGACUGAAAUCCUGCAACGCCCGCAAAGUCCCCCUGCUCAAGAAAGCACAUAUACAGGCCCGUCUGAAGUUUGCCAAUGAACAUCUGAAUGAUUCAGAGGAGAACUGGGUGAAAUUGUUGUGGUCAGAUGAGACCAAAAUCGAGCUCUUUGCCAUCAACUCAACUCGCCGUGUUUGGAGGAGGAGGAAUACUGCCUAUGACCCCAAGAACACCAUCCCCACCGUCAAACAUGGAGGUGGAAACAUUAUGCUUUGGGGUGUUUUUCUGCUAAGGGGACAGGACAACUUCACCGCAUCAAAGGGACGAUGGACGGGGCCAUGUACCGUCAAAUCUUGGGUGAGAACCUCCUUCCCUCAGCCAGGGCAUUGAAAAUGGGUCGUGGGUAGGUAUUCCAGCAUGACAAUGACCCAAAACACACGGCCAAGGCAACAAAGGAGUGGCUCAAAAAGAAGCACAUUAAGGUCCUGGAGUGGCCUAGCCAGUCUCCAGACCUUAAUCCCAUAGAAAAUCUGUGGAGGGAGCUGAAGGUUUGAGUUGCCAAACGUCAGCCUCGAAACCUUAAUGACUUGGAGAAGAUCUGCAAAGAGGAGUGGGACAAAAGCCCUCCUGAGAUGUGUGCAAACCUGGUGGCCAACUACAAGAAACGUCUGACCUCUGUAAUUACCAACAAGGGUUUUGCCACCAAGUACUAAGUCAUGUUUUGCAGAGGGGUCAAAUACUUAUUUCCCUCAUUAAAAUGCAAAUCAAUUUGUAACAUUUUUUUACAUGCAUUUUUCUGGAUUUUUUUGUUGUUAUUCUGUCUCUCACUGUUCAAAUAAACCUACCAUUAAAAUUAUAGACUGAUCAUGUCUUUGUCAGUGGGCAAACUUACAAAAUCAGCAGGGGAUCAAAUACUUUUUUCCCUCACUGUAAGACCCUAUGAUCCGUGUACCGUACAUUAUACAGACAACAUGUUGGUAGCAUUAUACUCCUUACAGUGUGCUCUAAAAUAUGGAGUAUGUCUAUAUUCUGAAAUAAAAAUGCACAUUAAUUUAUUCAACAUUUAAAAUAUGUAUUUAUUUAUAUUUAUAUCUCAGAAGUGCCCUUUUUGAGUUUACUUAUUUUUUACUCUUUAAGCACGUCAAAUUUCCAGAGUCGGCUCUCUGAUACUUUUAAAGAUAUGACCCAUUGUAUACAUAGAAAUUGACAGAGGCCAUUAACCAAUCAAAGCCCUCCUUUAGGAUUGUACAUUCAGUAAAUCACCAGCAGAGGGAGUUCCCUUUGAAUCCAUUUUCCCUUUCACUGUGUUGGUGGUGCCCAUAAAAUUGAUCAUAACUUUUAAAGAGCAGAGAGCCCACUCUGGAAAUGUGAUGUACUUGUAGAGUAUAUUGUUUAAAACAAUAUGUCUAAAAAUGAACAAAAUCAAAAAGGGUACUUUUGAGAUAUUAAUAUUGAUAUUUGUAAUGUUGAAUAAAUUCAUGUGGAAAAAAAAACAUUUCAAUAACUAGACAUAUUUUAGAGCACACUAUAAGGAGUGUAAUGACACCAACAUGUUGUCUGUAUCAUGUACGGUUUACGGAUCAUAAGGUCUUACAGGAGGCAUGUAUAGGUCUAAAAGGGCCUAAAAUUGCCACUUUCAUCAUGAUUUUCUCAAAAAUAGUUUGUGAUACAAAUGUAAAAAGCAUAUCAAACAUCCUUCCUCUCAAUUAAGUUUCUCUGUGAAAAUUGCCAGAACAAUCCGAGAUAUCAAAAAUGUUUUCAGGCCUUCCUGGGGUGGAAUGGCCCAUAUAAGACAUCACUACACUCUUAGAAAAAAGGGUUCCAAAAGGGUUCUUCGGCUGUCCCCAUAGGAGAACCCUUUUUGGUUCCAUGUAGGACCCUUUUUAGUUCCAGGUAGAACUCUUUUAGGUUCCACAUAGAACCCUCUGUGUAAAAGGUUCUACAUGGAACUCAAAAGGGUUCUUCAUAGUGUUCUCCUAUGGGGACAGUCGAAGAACCCUUUUAAGUUCCAAUUUUUUUAAAGAAUGUAGCCUACCUAUUGAUAUUCUCACCAUGCACACUCCUAUUACUCUCCUACUUUUCUAUGUAUUUGACAAGGUUUAUCACUUUGAGAAAAUGAAAAUGGAAAACAUGACCAAACAGCCUUGAUAUUUUACCCAUUCAUGGAUGACCCUACGUCUGCAUGAUGUCGCUGUGGUAGCCUUGCUCAUUCAGCCAAUAUGUGAUGGAUAUACAUGCCUGGUAGCCUAUAUUAACUUUUGAAAUAGACUGUUUUAUACAUUGGUCAAAUUUAUCUAGCUGUGGCCUUAUUUUCUUCUGUGUCAUUUCCAAUCCCUUCAAAGUCUGUAAUGAAAUAUGUUAGGUCAAGGUGGUGUUGCUGCAUGUGUUAACGUCAUUUGAUUAUCUGAUUCUGGAUUCAGAUCUUGUUUUGACUGAAUUGUCUACAUGUGAAAUGAGGUGUCAGCCAUCAGCUAUUUAUGUCUUUGCAAUAUACUGUAAAUCUUCAAAGCUUUUAAUUACAUCAAAGACUAAGUUUAUACUGGUGGUACCCUACCUGUUACGAAUAACGAAAAGGAUAGAUAUGCUAUCCAAUUAAGGAAAUUAGUAGCUGUUCUCUGUUCACUAAUAUCAAUAUCUACAAACUUAAAGCAAUCCAAUUGUCCAAUUGAAACCUCACAUCUACAGUUACAGUACAACAGAAGAAAACAUUAAAGCAUUUUCCCUCAUUAGUGAUGUAAUGACCUCGUCUCUUUCUGUGGCCUCACCAUGCUGGAGCUGGUGGGAGUCUUUGCUUGAAUAGUCUCACGUCAAUAAUUGCAUAGAUUGGGCCUGCACAACAAAAGGCAUAAGUGACUGACCCCAAACCACUUCUGGUCUAGACACCAAAUAUGUUGGUCCAACAAGAGGAAGCUGAGAACACAGCAUGCAGCGGAGAGAACUCCUUUGUUGUCCCAACACUAUUGUUGGACUAUUGUCGCUUACAAUUACGCUCAAAUUUGAUCACCCAGAACUCAACUCCCUGCGUUGAUCACCCUGUCUGAUUGUAUGACCUUUUGGUUAAGACUAAAGCACUACAAGUGUUCGUUCAGAUUUGACCCUCGUCUGAAACUCUAUGUAUUCCAGUUUUAACAGAUGGUUUAUUUUUUAUGGUUUUUCAGCAGCACCCUACAAACCUUCAAGUUUAGAGCAGAUGUUAUUUACAGCAACAGACUGAGAACUCCGAUAGUUUACCACACUUAUGCCAGAUGUGUGCCAGAACUGCUGGUAUUUCUUGUUUUUCUGUUAUCUCUAAUUUUGUGUGCUAUCUGCUUAGUACUUUUGUGAAUCAUAUUGAUGAGAUUGUAUGUCAUCCAGCUAACACAGUGUGUGAGGAAUGAGGAAAAAUGCUGUUCUUUUUAAGGAUACUGCAUAAGGAUACUGCAUAAUACAAGUGCUAUAACCCCCUAUAGCCUGAGGAAUGGGUGUGCAGUACAAGUUGUGCCACGUGCUGCUCUUUCUAUUUACCAGCAGCUGUGGUUCCCCUUGCCAGGUUCCAGUCAUCAGGCACACUUAGAUAUCACGCACCCUCGUAUGGUCCUACCAGCAGCUCACAAUGAGAUCACAGAGAGGUUAAUAGGAUUGGUGCAUGCACGUCACUUCUGUGUGGCUCAGUUGGUAGAGCAUGGCGCUUGCAACGCCAGGGUUGUGGCUUCGAUCCCCAAGGGGGACCAGUAUGAAAAUGUAUGCACUCUACUGUAAGUUGCUCUGGGUAAGAGCAUCUGCUAAAUGACUAAAAUGUAAAAUUACAGUGACCUGAAUUUAAAAAAGGGCAGGUGAAGUGAUAGAGCUUAGGAGACAUAGUACAUACUGCACAGCUCAAUGUGGUUUCAGGUGAGCGUCCUCACGGGGAGGAUCAGUGUCAAUGGUCUUUAAUUCCAUGGUCCUGAAUACUGUUUGAUUCUGAUAUUGCCUGUUGUACAUUCAACAUGAAAAGGCUGCUCUUUGAAAUGAUCAGACAAGGAAAAGACAAUAAAAGGGUAACAGUCUUGAAGAUGUGGUGAUUUCUCCGCAGUACAUUCAUACGAACCCUAAAAGUCCAUAGAAAUGUCAUUUUCUGUACAGGAUACAUCUCCAGUAAGGUGUUAUGCUGCCUGUUCCUAGAGUGUUACCUGGAGAUGAAU